AUGACUACAGAAGCGCCGAAACCACAAUUAAGCUUGUCAGAUAGUACACCAUUAGUACAUUAUUGUGGAGGUAUGUUAGUUACAACUUGGUCAUAGUAAAUAACAAGACUUGUAAAAAAAGUUCUUGCCAUUUUAUGACUUGUAAAGAAAGUUUUUGCUAUUUUAAGUUUUGUAAAGAAAGUUCUUGCAAUUUCCUUUUUUGUUAAGAAAGUUCUUGCAAUUUUUUUUUUUGUAAAUAAAGUUUUUGCCAUUUUUUGUUUUGUAAAUAAAGUUUUUACCAUUUUUAGUUUUGUAAAAAAAGUUUUUGCCAUUUUUUGUUUUGUAAAGAAAGUUCUUGCCAUUUUGUGUUGUGUAAAGAAAGUUCUUGCCAUUUUGUGUUUUGUAAAGAAAGUUCUUGCAACUUUAUGUUUUGUAAAAAUUUUUUUUGCGUUUUUUAAUAAUUUCAAACUUCCAGAAUGUGAAAUGCCAAUAGAAUACUGUGUAUACGGUAAAGACCCACUACGAUGUCUUCGCUGGCUCGAAGACCAUCUACCUGAAGUCUAUGCUCAAAUGGUACCAGAACAAGUGGACAAGUACAAAAACCCUGUUACGCCGACCAUAAUUGAGACCGUUAUUAUACCUGAGGUUAGGGAUGGUCGAUUCGCUUCGAUUGGCAGUUUGGACGAAUUUAAAAAGUUUGUGGUUAGAGCUGAGCGGAAAAAAUAA